AUGCUGAAACUGCCCCGCUCAUUACAGAGCAUCAAGAAGGGUCACCUCGCCAUACCAGAAAUGCUGAAAUUGACCCGAGCGCCCGGCCAGGUAGCCGCUACGGGUCUGGGGGAAAGGGAAUUGUUGUUGUCCCUGCGUUCUGGUUUCUUCAAGGGUAUAAAACAUAUUCAACUUUUCAUUGUGACAUAUUUGAUAAAGAUGAUUGGUGUCGUGGCAGUGCUAGUUGCUUCCCUAUGUGGUUCCAAUGCUUUGAAACUUUCUGGAGACUGCUUGGCUACAACUGCUGUAGAAACUCUAGAACUGAAUUCUCUCGCAGGUACAUGGUAUGAGUUGGCCAGUUAUGGGAUGCCGUUCACCCAUCGCAUGGAGCGCUGCCACUCUACCACCAUCACCCCCAACACUGAUGGCAAGGGCUUUGUCAUGACCAAUGAUCGAAUAGUGAAAAUAAUCAACAAACACAUCACAACUAAGUGGAAUGUGGAGGGAACCGAAGCAGCAACGGGAGAAAAACUAACUGGAGAGCUCACACUUAAGCUUAAAUUGCCAUUUAUUGGAUCAGUGGAUGUACCCUUCAAAGUGUUGGGAUCAGACAACUACAAGAAUUACAUUAUCUUCCAUUCCUGCUAUUCCUUUGGAGCUCUUUUUAAAGCAAAUCUUGCUUUUGUCUUGACCAAGAAGAGGCACUAUGAAGCCAAGGAGCUAGAAAGUCUGUAUGCAUCAAUUGAUGAAACGUUGACAAAGAAUAGUCUUACCCGUAGUAAGUUCACUUUGGCAAAUCAAAUCGAUUGCGAAGAGAAAAAAACCACUUCACCAACUGGUACUGAUUCAUCUGUGUCAACUCAAAAUAACCCUACUACUGCUGAGGCAUCUUCUACUUUAGUAGAGGAGGCAAAGACAACUGAGCAGACUGAAGAUAAAACUGCCUCCAGUGAUCAGCUUAUCCCUUCUGAAACUGAGAAGUCAGAGACCUCAACACCUCAAGUUACGGAAGCAUCAGAACCACAGCAAAUCGAGAAUCUUGCUGCACCAGCAACUGAAGACACGACUGUGCCAAAAACUAAAUAAGCAUAUAGUAUUGAAAAGAAAAAAUAAAGUAGGAUAAAUUGAUUUAUUUAUACAAAA